AUGGAUAUGGGAGACUUUUCUGUCGUUGUUGUUCAAAACCGGCAGUCGUUAGUAAGGUGCUCAAAGAAUGAUGUGGAUAAUGAGAUGUUGAAUACACCACCAUCAGAGCUAAACGGUUCAGUGCUCUCACCCACACCUACUGAAUUUAUGGCAAAAAAUCCUGCAAAAAAAUGUUCUUUGGUAGACUCGUACAAGGCCCUGGGCAACUUCUCGAGAUUUCAGUCGCCACGCGAUUUGGCCGUUUGCCAGAUCUCUUCACCCAACACUCGCAGACCACAAAUGCUUGAUGUGCAUCCAACUUUUGUGAGUUGA